AUGUCAAAAGUUUUAAUAACCGAGGAAACUUUCAAGCAACUUAACUACGAUAUGGAGAAAUCAAAUAUUGCAUCUGCCACCUCAGAUGGAAAUCGCCAACCCACUGUAAUGAUUAUUUUCGAAAAUAGUGAUAUCAAUGCAGCUCUACACCAUCUAACCACUUCACUGCAAAAUCCAUUGUGUGCCAAAGCAAUGGCCAGCGUUUUAGUGCAGGAAUCAAUUCGCGCCGAUUUCGAACAAAAACUCCAGGCACAAUUGAAAGCCUAUGCCAAGGAUGAUGCUGUAACAAAAUGCGAUCAACUAAAGAAGGCUUUAGAAACUAUCACGAAAAUAAAUGCCAAAGUGAUAACAGUUGUUGGUGGUCCAACUGUGGUCUGCGAUUUCACACAUGAACAUUUUGGUGGUAGCCAAGUUGCAGGAAUUUGUACCCUUCACACUUUCCGCACGGCCAAAGAAGCAAUUUCAUUGGUGGGCAAAGAAACUCUGACAUUCCAAAAUGUUUCCAUUUGGCAUGAAAAUCAUGCCUAUGCUUACGAACUGGUAGCUGCUUUGAAAUCCCAGAAUUUCUUCAUUAACUGCUACAACAUGCCCUUGACUGUUUUGCAAGAUCAUCAAACCCAGGGAAAAUCAUUUGUUGCCAUGGAAAAGAAUUAUCAUUAUGAGACUUUGCCACACAAUGGCAUACAGAAGUCGAUUGUUUUCCCCAUUGGUAGUAUUUUUGCCAACUGAAAUU